AUGAAAUGUGUUUUCUUAAGAUAUCCUAAUGGUGUUAAAGGUUAUAGAUUGUGGCUUAGAAGUGUACUCGGCUUUAAGGUCGUGAUAAGUCGAGAUGUAGUCUUUAAUGAAUCUGAAAUGCCAUGUUUAGUUGCUUCUUUGCCUGCUCCUUUACGUGAUGAAUCUGAAAAUGCUCCAAAUACGGUGGAGCAAUUGAGUGGGUUAAGUGAUUUCGAUAAUUCUGAAAAUAUGCAUGCUGAAACUGAAAUCGAACGUGCUGUGUUUGAUAAUCAACCUGCUAAAAUUGCUGAAAAUGAAUCUGUUGCAGCUGAAACUAAAAAUCAGCAUUUUGAAAAUUUCAAAAAUGUCGAUGUGCAUGAUGAAUAUGUGGAAAAUGUUCCUGAAAAUGAUGUUGAUUUGCAUGAUUAUCAACUUUCUAGAGAUAGGACUAGAAGGAAGCGUAAGAAACCUUAUAAGUUUGAUGAUUUUCACAUGACUUCAUAUGCUUUUGGUGUUUUCGAAUGCAUUGAUAAUUGUCAGCCUAAGUCUUAUGAGGAAGCUUAUAAAUCUGUGAAUUCUUUGCAAUGGAUGAAUGCUAUGCGUGAAGAAAUUAAUUCGUUGCAUGUGAAUCAUACUUGGUCGCUUGUGCCUAAACCUGAUAAUUGUUCCUUAGUGGAUUGCAAAUGGUUAUAUAAGGUAGUGUACUAUGUGUUUGCUGCCUGUUUUGAUACUUGUUCUAACUUCGUGGAAGUGCAGGUGUCGUCGUUAGGCAAUGAUGAAAGUCCUCCGGCUCCUCAAGGUGUCUGCAUCCGCCAGAGCUUCCGUGGCCACUUGCUCUUUUGUCUCCUCCUUAUCAAGAAGCCGAUUUGGAGCCUAUCGUCAAGGUCCCUAGCGAAAAAUGCGAGCUUGUCCGAGCUAGGGUUUGGUCCCGCGACGAGUUGUCGAAUAGGAGGACGAGGAGACUCGUGGAAGUGGACGGCGGCCGCAGAGGGGGGUGUGACGGAGCCACGACAAUUGACAAGUUUUGGGAAGCAUUGA